AUGCAAGGUCUGAACCUCAACCGGGAAGGCCUCGGCGGCCGCAUCGCCCUGGCUUUGGCGGUGAUUGGCCUCAUUUCAUUCCUUUACAAGAUGGCUAGAGUGCGACUGCACUUUUAUCGCCUUAAACAACAAGGAAUGCCCAUGCCUCCCUGGGAUCCGAUACUUGGACACCUGCGACUCAUGCCAGCCCUUGCCAAGACAUGUCCGAGUGAUAUCGUUCAAUCUGAGACUUUCGCCCUUCUUUCGACAGAGCAUCCCGGACUGCAAUAUGGGUUCUAUAUCGACGUCUGGCCAUUCAUGUGUCCCAUGUUUGUCGUUGCCUCCCCUCCACUCGCGGUGCAGGCCUGCCAGACCUACAACCUACCCAAGCCGAGCGACCAGCUCGCCCCGUUCAUCAACCCCAUGGCAGGGGGGAGGAACUUCUUCAUCACCAAUGGGGCAGAGUGGAAGCAUGAUCGCGAUUUAUUCAACCACGCGUUCAGCAUGUCAGCUACCAUGGGUCAUGUCGAUUAUAUCUUGGACGAAGCAGCGAUCUAUGUGGAAAGUCUUCGCGAACACGCCAAGAAGGGAGACACCUUUUCUAUGGACCAGCUCGCUUGUAACUACAUGAUGGAUGUCAUCGGCAACGUGGCAUUAAACACCCGCUUCAACCACCAAACCGGACAUAAUCCCAUCGCCGCCGCCAUGCGCGACACCAUCGAGCUAGAAUGCGGCUGGCAAAACGACAAUAACCUCCUCCGACGCUGGGAUGUUAGACGGAUGUACCGUCAAUGGCGCAACAGCCGGACCCUGAACCAUCACAUUGGGGUGGAGCUGGAGAAGCGCUACCAGGAGUGGUUACAGCGUGAUAAAACCCAGAACCGGGGCAAAUCCAUCAUGGACAUUGUCAUUGCGGAGUACAUGAAAACCCGACCUGCGAGUCAAGCCCACACCGCAACUCUCGACCCGGAGUUCAAGUCUUGGGCUACGAUUCAGAUCCGCCUGUUCCUGUUUGUCGGACAUGAUUCUACCGCCGUGACUAUUAUUUACUGUCUUUACCUCCUCUCGAAGCAUCCGGACACCCUCGCCAAGAUCCGUGCAGAACACGAACAUCUCUUCGGUUCCAAAGACAAUGUUGCAACGCAAAUCAGACAACAUCCAGAGUCACUCAACCAAAUGCCCUACACUCUCGCCGUGAUCAAAGAGACUCUCCGUCUCUUCCCCCCAGCCAACGCCCUCAGAUUCGGCACUCCAGGUACAUCACUCACCGACCCCAAUUCUCCCAACAGCAAGACCUUCCCAGUAGAAGGCUGCGCGAUCUGGAUGGUCCAUACCGCCAUCCAUCGAAACGCGAGCUACUGGCCCAAACCGCACGACUUCAUCCCAGAUCGCUGGCUCGUCGAGCCCGGACACGCGCUCUAUCCCCCGACGGGCGGGUGGCGGCCGUUUGAGCGGGGCGCGAGAGAUUGUGUGGGGCAGAAUAUGGCGUUUCUGGGAAUUAAAAUCACCCUGGCUAUGGUGGUGCGGGAGUUUGACUUUGAGAGUAUGUAUGAGGAGUGGGAUCGUGAGCAUCCAGGGUUCGGGGAGGUGCGGACUAUGUAUGGGGAGAGGGCGUAUUUGGUGGCUAAGGGGGCGGCGCAUCCGGCUCAGGGGUUGCCGUGUAGGGUUCGAUUUGCUACAUAA